AUGAUAACCGAGUCUCUUUGUUUCUCUUUAUUUUCCCAGUUGGGAGGCUGUGGAAUCCUUGGAGUAGGCAUCUGGCUGGCUGUUACCCAAGGGAAUUUUGCCACCCUCUCCUCUUCUUUCCCAUCCCUGUCAGCUGCCAACCUGCUGAUCGUCACAGGGACAUUUGUCAUGAUCAUUGGCUUCGUGGGCUGCAUAGGUGCCAUCAAAGAAAACAAGUGCCUCCUGCUGAGUUUUUUUAUCAUGCUGUUAAUUAUAUUUCUGUUGGAGCUCACUGUUGUCAUUCUCUUCUUCGUCUACACCGACAAGAUUGACAAGUAUGCUCAGCGGGAUCUGAAGAAAGGGCUUCAUUUGUAUGGGACAGAUGGAAAUAUUGGCCUAACCAAUGCAUGGAGCAUCAUUCAAACAGAUUUCAGAUGUUGUGGAGUCUCCAACUACACUGACUGGUUUGAAGUGUACAAUACAACCCGGGUGCCAGACUCCUGCUGCUUAGAAUUCAGUGAGAACUGUGGACUCCACUCCCCAGGGACCUGGUGGAAAGCG